GAAGAUUAUAAUGGACCCCCGUUACAGUGCCCAAGUCAUCCUCCUCUGUGACCUGUGUCAAAAAGCAGCAUUACAGAGUCAUUGUGAACUUUGUCAUGUAAAUCUCUGUAUAGUCUGUGUUGGGGAGCAUCUAUCAGAUUCAUCUAAAAGACACAAAAUUGUACCAUACAAACACAGAACUUCUCCAAACUACCCAAAAUGUCCAAACCACACCCAGAAACAUUGGGAACUUUACUGUGAAAAAUGUGACAUUCCUCUCUGUUCUACCUGCAUCGCCUCUGAUAAACAUCAUGGACAUAAAUUAACAGAUGUCUUACAGAAUCCCAGCUUCAUUCAAGAAAUUUUAAACAAGGAUUUGAAAGAACUAGAAAAAAGAAUAUAUCCUUCAUAUGAAGAAAUUUCAUUAGAUUUGAACUCUGAAAAAGUCAACUUGGACAAACAUUAUGAGAAACUGACAACAGCUGUCACCAAACAAGGAGAAGACUGGCACAGAGAAAUUAACAUCAUUGUCAACAAACAGAAAUCUGAAAUUGAUGAGAUGAAAACUAAACACCUGGCUGCUCUAAAUAAACAAGAAAAAGAAAUUAAACAUAUUAUGUCUGAUGUAAAAGAGAGCAUACUUGAUCUGAAGAAAAUACUGGAUUCCAAUGAUGUCUCCCUAACUUCUGCAUACAAAUCCAGGAAUGCUGAAUUCAGAAGUUUACCUCCUAAAGUCAAUGUUUCAUUACCAAGUUUCUCUCCUCAUCAGAUCAACACAGAACAGCUCCAUCAAAUGUUUGGUUCUCUGUCAGCAUUAUCCAUUACAACAGAAGAAAAUGGCUACAUAAUGAAGACACCAGAAGCUGUAUCCUGUCCUCCAGUCAAACCACUGCUUGAUGAACCAGAGCUCAUCACCAUCAUAGACACUGGGUAUAAAUAUCUAUACAGUGUUACCUGUCUCAGUGAUGAAGAAAUCUGGACACGUGGAGAUGACAAAGUCAUGAAACUCUACAACCUCCAGGGCAAACUACUGAAGUCAAUCCAAACCAAGUCAGGGAACUGGCUUCGUGACAUAGCAGUGACAAGGAGUGGAGAUCUAGUAUAUACUGACCCUGCUACAAGAACUGUAAACAUAGUGAAGAAUAAACAGAUACAAGAAGUGAUCAGACUACAGGGGUGGGCACCUUACAAUGUCUGUAGUACCUCCUCUGGUGAUCUACUGGUUACCAUGGUCCGUGAUGAUAAACAAUCAAAAGUUGUCCGUUACUCUGGCUCCACAGAGAAACAAACCAUUCAGCUUGAUAGUGAAGGUAAACCUCUGUAUUCAUCUAAUACCCGUGCUAAAUACAUCAGGGAGAACAGGAACCUGGAUAUUUGUGUGGCUGACAAUGGUGCCGGUGCAGUAGUGGUGGUUAAUCAGGCAGGAAAACUCCGAUUUAGAUACACUGGUCAUCCCUCUACUAUGACCAAGGGACCAUUUCAUCCAGCCGGCAUCACAACAGACAGCCAGAGUCACAUCCUGACAGCAGACUGUAAAAACUGUAUCCACAUCCUAGAUCAGGAUGGACAGUUCCUCCGUUACAUUGAUAACUGUAAUCUACAGUAUCCAUGUGGUUUAUGUGUAGACACCAGAGACAAGCUCUUUGUGGCUGAGUAUAUCAGUGGUAAAGUGAAGAAAAUCCAAUAUAUGUAAACAAUAUUUUACCAUGUCUGCUUGUAAUUAAAAACACUGCUUAAUGCUUAUUACUACAAAAUGUGUUCUAUA